GCCGUGUCUAGCGCGCAUAGUUACUGUAAAAUCCAAAAAAAAAAAAUCGUUCACGAGUAUAAAACUCAGUCAUUGACGCCUAAAACGACGCGACUGCUCAACCAACCACGGAGUUAUAGAAAAUAAUGCUCUCCGAAAAAAACAAAGCCCCCAAAUAAUGGGGUCAUUGUCUACGAUGCAGAUCGUCCAUGGCAUCGUGACAGGGCCGUACUUGUCAAAGGUCACUUGUCCGCGAUUGCGUAAUGUGUCUUACUGUCUGAAAUCACACCUAACACUGUACGGGCGGGGUAAAAGCAAGUAUGUCGAUCAAACGUAUAUCUUUCUUUCUACAACACCUCAAUAACAUGACUCUUGAGGCUUUUCAAUGCGAUGUCUGCUUCGAACUCAUUACGCGAAAUGACGUGAAAGUACAUUUGCAAAAGCAUCAGGCCCAGAUGCUCAGCCUAAUGAGCCGAUUGCCUGACAUCGCGUCGCCCGACAGCCCUCAAACCGAUGAAGAGCGAGUUGAUGGUUCUCAAUCACCAUAUCGCAACAACAAAAGACGUUCGAACCCCGAAAAUAAGCCUGGCAAGACCCGACGCGUCCAGAAUACGAGAUCUAAGCUGUACCAAUGCUCCAAAUGCACACAUCAAUCUAAGCGACCGCAUGACUAUACGCGACAUUACGCUAGGCAUCACGAUUGUAAUGCUACAUGUCCGCAAUGCAACGAAUUUUAUGCGAAGACAAACGAGUUUUUGAACAAAAAGCAUGGCUGUUUCCAAAACCCAACGCCCAAGUUAGUGGAGCUCUGGGAUUCUGUUAUGAGGGACGUUGAGACGGAGGCUGGUGUGAGUUUUAAAUUUCGAAGGCAACGCCACUCCUUCCGUCCCGAGCCAGAACGGCCGACCAUCGAAACAACCAUUCAGGGUUCCGCAACUGAGCUAGGAAUUCCCCUUUCUGAACCAGAUAUAGGAGAAAUGAUGGAAUCGUUCAUAUACGAGCCUCAAAUGGAGGAGUUCUGGAACGGUCCAUUCGCCAUCGCACAUAGUUCUCUUUAAACCUCUUACUACCCUCAGCUCAAAUCCCAAAUUGCCUUGAACACAACUGUCAUUGCUGUGUGUCUGGAUCUCCUGCGUCUCUCUUCCUACAUCCGUACGCAACUGCGAAC